CUGGAAGAUAUGACAGUCAUACAAGUUAAUGACCGAAUCCGGUGUGUGAAGGAGCAGCUGGAGAAGGUUAAAAAUGACCUGGCUGCCACAAAACGACUUCAGACCGCCUACCAGCAGAAUUCAAGUUUGGGCAAUCUGGAGGAGGCCGAUGCUGGCGUCGCAAAGCUAGAACGUCAGCUCUUCUCCGUCUCAGAUCUCCUUUCCAAGUUAGAGAAACACUUUGAAUCUCUCGGUGGUGCGCACGCCCUCGCGCAUGCCCAAAGCUCGUUGGAGGCCACGAAUCCCUACACAAACUCCAAUCCUGUCUCAUCGGACCCUCAGCAGGACCCCAACCGGCGAACUCGUCUCGAUGCCUCUUUCUGCAACCUUCAACUUGGUCAAGCAGACUACUGCCUGAUCUACUUCCGCUUGCUUGAAAGCAAAGGCUUGCUGUCAUUGCUCCUUAUAAUUAAACCGGCCUUCACUAUUUCCACACCUAGUUCAUCCUUCAAUGACAGUGAUUCGGAUUUAUCCAACUCCGCUCCUACGGCACCAUCAAACGACGCUGAGACGGCGUCAAAGUCUGCCUACGUUGGUGUGGCUACCGCAAAGUAUGACUACGAAGGUUCGUCUUCUCUCCUUUCUCUCCUCAAUUCGUUCGCAUAUGUUUUUUUUAAAUGA